UUUUCAAAUGUAAGCCGUGCCCAGGUUCCUACAACAGCAGGUGGCAUUCUGACAUCAGCCGAGGCUGAUGUUCCUUCAGGUACGGAGGAAACUCUAGACCAGACACCUGAAAAGAAUUCAGAGCCCAACCAAUGCCAUGAGCAGCGAAGACUUCGUGGAGCUGAAGAGUAGGACGGCCGCCAGAGCGGAGGGCUACAGCAACACUGGCUUCCAGAAUGAAGAUGACUUCGAUGAAAAACAGAACACAUCAGGAAACAACAACUCACUAAGGUGUAGAGCUGUGCAAAACACCCAGCAGGACGAAGAGCAGGUCACCAUUGAGCAGGAUUCUUUAAGAAACAAAGAAGAUGUGGAGGAUGAUCCAGAGGCACAUCAAAAAGGGUAUCUGGAAAGGAAGUAUGAUACAGUUUGUGAUUUUUAUAAGAAACACAAAACCACCCUUCAGUACAUCCUCUGGGGCAUCUUAAUAGUAGGUUACCUGGCAAUGGUGAUUGCAGCUUGUGCGCUGAACUUUCAUAGAGCCCUUCCCCUUUUCGUGAUCACCGUGGCUGUCAUCUUCUUUGUUGUCUGGGAUUACUUUAUGGCCAAAUAUGAGCAACGAAUCAAUGAGUGUCUAUCUCCUGGCAAAAGGCUCCUAAACAGCCAUUGGUUCUGGAUGAAGUGGGUGAUUUGGAGCUUACUGAUUCUGGGUGUUAUAUUCUGGCUCAUCUUGGACACCGCCAAACUGGGCCAACAGCAGCUGGUGUCCUUUGGUGGGCUCAUAAUGUACAUUAUCCUGGUAUUUAUAUUUUCCAAGCACCCAACCAAAGUUUACUGGAGGCCUGUCUUUUGGGGAAUUGGGUUACAGUUUCUUCUUGGGCUCUUAAUCCUAAGGACUGAACCUGGAUUUAUGGCUUUCGAUUGGUUGGGUAAACAAGUUCAAACCUUCUUGGAGUAUACUAACGCUGGGGCUGAAUUUGUCUUUGGUGAGACAUAUGCAGACCACUUCUUUGCAUUUAAGGUCCUGCCAAUCGUGGUUUUCUUCAGCACGGUCAUGUCCAUGCUCUACUACCUCGGGUUGAUGCAGUGGAUCAUUAGAAAGGUUGGAUGGGUAAUGCUAGUUACUAUGGGAUCAUCUCCUAUUGAAUCUGUAGUUGCUGCUGGCAAUAUAUUUGUUGGACAGACGGAGUCUCCACUGCUGGUCCGACCCUACUUACCACACAUCACCAAGUCUGAACUCCAUGCAAUCAUGACCGCUGGGUUCUCUACCAUUGCUGGAAGUGUGUUAGGUGCAUACAUUUCUUUCGGGGUUUCAGCCUCCCACUUGUUAACUGCCUCAGUCAUGUCCGCACCUGCAUCAUUGGCUGUGGCUAAACUCUUUUGGCCUGAGAGAGAAACACCUAAAAUAACCCUCCAGAAUGCCAUGAAAAUGGAAAGUGGUGAUUCAAGGAACCUCCUAGAAGCCGCAACGCAGGGAGCAUCCUCAUCCAUCUCCCUAGUGGCAAACAUAGCUGUGAACUUGAUUGCCUUCCUGGCCCUGUUGUCUUUUUUGAAUGCAGCCCUGUCCUGGUUUGGAAACAUGUUUGACUACCCACAACUGAGUUUUGAGAUAAUAUGCUCCUACAUCUUCAUGCCCUUUUCCUUCAUGAUGGGAGUGGACUGGCAAGACAGCUUUAUGGUUGCCAAGCUCAUAGGCUAUAAGACAUUUUUCAAUGAAUUUGUGGCUUAUGAACACCUCUCAAAAUUGAUCAACUUAAGAAAAGAGGCUGGACCCAAAUUUGUGAAUGGUGUGCAGCAAUAUAUGUCAAUUCGUUCUGAGACAAUUGCCACUUAUGCUCUCUGUGGCUUUGCUAAUUUCGGUUCCCUAGGAAUAGUGAUCGGCGGACUCACAUCCAUGGCUCCUUCCAGAAAGCAUGAUAUCGCCUCAGGGGCAGUGAGAGCUCUGAUCGCUGGGACCGUCGCCUGCUUCAUGACAGCCUGCAUUGCAGGGAUGCUCUCCAGCACCCCAGUAGACAUCAACUGCCAUCUCAUUUUGGAGAAUGCCUUCAAUUCCAGUUCGCCUGCAAACACCACUGAGGUGGUAUCUUGUUGUCAAAGUCUAUUGAACAGCACUAUUGUCAAUGGUCCUGGUGACGUCAUCCCAGGAGGAAACCACACCUUGACUUCUUUAAGGGGCUGCUGCACAUUGCUGACUCCACCAACACUGAACUGCAGUUGGAUCCCUAAUGCAUUUUGAGUUCAGCUACUUCUCCAACAGAACUCUAGGUACAGUUGCUGAAUUUUCUAGUUUGGGGAGGAAAAGAAAAACUGUUCUUCACAGAUGGAAAUUCCCAUCAUGGAAUCAGCUUUCAUUGGAAAGAAGAAAAACAGGAAUGAACACUGCAGAUCUCCAGCAUCAUCCCCCUCUCCGGCCCUCCCUUCCCCAAACCCUUCCCCACUGACAACCACUAUAAUAUCUCAAGAUGUGUCUCCAGUCCCAGAGAUGUUUUCUGACCCUAGAAUUUUAUGAUAGUUUGACCAGAAUACAGAUAUAAAUGGUUGCUCAUGACAACGGGACUAUGGCUCAGCCACAACCAGAGUGGCUCACUUCUCAGACAUCUCAGGGGAAGUCACUGCAUUCACCUGGACCUUGAAUCUCACAUGGAGAAUCGUUUAUCACCCAGUCAUUGCCUGCCCUGGGGAGGUCCUACAGAAAUCAAGAGUGCACCAGGAUUACAUUUAGACUGUUCUAAAACCAGGUUUAAAAUCCCAUGUGCUUAGUUAGACCAGUCAGCUUACCCCCAAACUAUGGUGUAAUAACAAAUAAGCCAAAAACCGUGGUGACUUACAAGUUUAUUUUUCCCCUCACACCAUAUUCUUAUGGAGGGUUGAUUUGGGCUGUAUUUCAUGUUGUCUUCACUUCCAGGACCCAGGCUAAAGGAGCAGCCACUAUGUGGGGUAUACUGGGACAGGGGGGAAAGGUGGCCCUUAAAUUUUCUGCUAGGGAGAACCCUUCACUUCUACUACCUUCCAUUACCUGAAGUUAAUCAUAUGACAAGCACAAUGUCAAUGGUUAUGGAUGAAUUAUCCUGUCCUCGGGAGGGAUAGUGAGUAUUUUGAAGAAACAACAUGAUAUACUAUGUGGAUGCAU